UCAGACACUAUUGAGGGCGCUAUAACACCAACUUAUCACGCACGUGUAAAAGUUGGAUUUAAUGUUUCCCGCAUCUCAACUCCUUAAUUCAGCCACCUUUCUACAAUGAUCGUCAUCGCUAGAAUGCUGAAUGAAGCAUUCCACUUGACGAAAAUAAACUGUGCGAGGACAUUCAGCUCCACCGAAAAGACAUCGGCCGUUACAAAAUUAGGAAUAUUGCGUUUCAAGUUAAGAUGUGUCUUGUGGAUGGUGGCCCAGAGAGGCCACGCCAGGUCAUACUGUCUUUACAACAUUGGCCGCUUACGUCAUCAGGCUACGACAUCACAAUUGAAGGCACAGUUUACCUGUCACAGACCAAGCAGAAACGUUUCAUCGCAGAACACUUGCAAUGCCAAUGUGAAAGAUUCACCCAAGGAGGGCCGUCAGAAACCAGCCGAAGCGGAGAGUCACAGUAAACCACAAUCAGAGACGACACCCUUGCCUACAGAGCCAAGAACACAAGAGAGCAAUGCUGUUGCCUCUCAACAAACUCCAGUCCCGACCACUGCACAAAAAUCCCUUCUCAGAAUUCCCGAUACAGAAAGAACGGAUGGACGAACCGGAAAACUAAACCAUGUUUCAGCAUCCAGUCAGAGACAGGCUUUUAAAUCAGCGGAAUUACCGUCUGUUGAGAAAAACACUGUAGUCCCUACAAGUGCUUCGUCUUCUCGGCAAACGCCGAAAACAUCCGCUGCAAGUAAGACGAAAUCAAAGAAAAAGGUGCCUGAUGCGGGAAAGAAAGAUCUAAAACAACAAAAGGGUGGCUCAACCAAUCCUGGCAAAGUAAAAUCUCCGCCCGCAAAGCCUAAACCUCAGAGCAAGGCUGAUACCGGGAACCAGGCUGUUAAAACCGGUAAGCCGCAGACAAAAAGGAGUAACACAUCCAACCCGCGGAAUGCUAAAACUGCGUCUGUGCAGGUUACGCCGAAAUUUGAAAGCAAAAGCAAGGCUGAGAAAAGGAACCAGGGAAACAUGACUGGUAACCGAACCACAGUGGGAAAUACCUCAACCAAUCAAAAGAACGCAACAACGUAUUCAGCUCGGGAUACUCAUUUGGCAAAUAAUGCCAAGUCCAAGACAAAAGCGCAAGAAAUCAAGGAAUCGUCUCGCAAGACUGACUCGACAACGGACCCCAAAACUGCAGGUCAGCCAUUGGGUCAAAGGUCAAGUGAAACUACAGGUCAAAGGUCAAGCCAGGUCAUGCGAACACCUCCUGAUUCUGUGUCAUCAGAAAAUUUCGAUUCCGCAAGGAUACGCAACUCCACCGACUCGCAAAGUGCAAUAACGAACGAACCAAGUGCAAUUCUACCGUGUAACUUUUUAACGGCCAGUAAAAAUAAUUUUUUCAGCGUAAUGCAAUUCAAAAGCAUGAGACUUCCACAGACUACAACGUCAAGCAAGAGACUGAACGCAUUUGCGGACGAGUUUCACGCAACCACGUUUUUGGACUCUGCGAUUGACGAAGACAUCGGAAGGCUCAACGAGCGGAUCAGGAUCAAGGCGAAGGCGAAAUCUGCGAAGAAAGAGAAACGCCACAACUGGACCAUCGUGAAAACCCCGCAAGCGUACCUCCAACCAUUCAUGGACGUCAGCAUAUUUUGUUGCAUGGUUCAGGAAGCACAAGCACUGUUUGACUCUGCUAGACAACACAGUCAACCACUAGAAACAGAACAUUACAACACCAUGCUACAAGCAUGGGCAAGAAAGGGAGAUCUUGGGCAGAUCCGGAGCUUGUUUGCUCAGAUGAUAUCAAGUCAAGUCAAGCCCGAUCUACAAUCUUACGCUGCUGCAUUGGAGUGCAUGGGACGAAUGAAAGAUACGGAUCAUGUGAUUGUCACCAAGUGCCUAGAGCAGAUGGAAUCUGAGCAGCUAUCGGUCGCAGACAUCUUCAACGUUUGUACCUUCACCAAUGAUAGCAGAGAGGUCAUCUUGGGUUUGCUUCAAGAUGUCCUCCCAGGGUUUGAGGCUCCACCCCCUGUGAAGCGCCCUCAAUGUCGGCUGCGUAUCGUGGAGGAUCUGUACGGAGAAGGGAAUUCAACGCCAAAGAUGGAUGUAAGCUCUAACGCAGUGAUCACCCAAGACAAGAUUCGGAGCAAGCUGGAUGAGCAGAUGGCCAUGGAGAAGAUUGAGACAGUGAUGAUACCGUCCGUAGAGCAAGAGAAUCCUUUAAGUCACCACACCCUUCAGAAGCGUGCCAUUUUGGAAGAACACCGACAGCUAUGGCAGAAGGCCUUGCUGACGGCACUGAAGUUUGAAAUUCAGAAACUUGCCAAGAUGAACAAUCCAAGACGGGCAACCGUCGGCAAGUUGAAUUUCUACCCAUUCCUGUCCAUCAUGGAACCGGAGGAAUACGUAGAGUUAAUGCUGGAGGCUCUGCAGAACCUCGCGACGUCAACAGAGGGCAGUAUGACCGUCUCGCUGUCCAGAGAACUGGGUUACAAAGUCCAACGCAAAUUUUUCAUUCGCAGGAAGAUUAAGACUGGUGUGGCUGAUAAGUUGCAGAAGUUAUACAAACAGUUUGUGACGGAGAGUGUAGGUGUGCGUGCGCUCAACCAUCGUGAAUUGUGGCAAAGCAUUGAAGACAGAAAUCCGGAAGGACCCACCGUGAAUGCUGAUGUGUACGGCUGGCCAGCUACUAUAACUCUAGGGCUUGGGAGCCUUCUCGCUGACGUGAUGAUCAGGGAAGUCAAGAUCAAUGUUAACAUGGCCAACAGCAGGAAAGACAAAAAGAUGAUCCCGGCUCUGUACUACAUGUACACCUAUAGGAGUUUCAAGCAAGUUGGAUAUGUUAAGCCGCAUCCAUCACUUGUGGAGUUACUACAGCAGGCCAAGAAGUCCCAAAUGCCAUUUGAGAGCAACCUCCUACCAAUGUUGACUCCGCCCAUCCCUUGGACCUCCGUCAAGUUUGGCGCCUAUCCUCUCAGCACUACUAAGAUCAUGCGUUGUAGGGACGGAACGCCACAGCAUCAACUACUGCUGGAGAAGUCCAAGUCCGCUGAGCUGUAUCCGGUCUUAGAUUCUCUCAAUCAGCUCGCAGCUGUGCCGUGGAAGGUUAACAAACCUAUUCUGGAUGUUAUUAUCUCAGUUUUCAGAGACGGUGGGAGUGAAGUUUUGGACAUACCGCAACUAGCAUCUGUGCUGCCAUCCAUGCCCAAACCAACAGGAGAGGCCACUCAAGACGAAUUGACAAAGGUCCAACACGAGAGGGCAGCGCUACGCAAGAAGCUAGCCGAGAUGCACUCGCAACGCAUGGACAUGCUGUACAAGCUGUCCAUUGCUGAUAAGUAUCGCGAUGAGGUCAUGUGGUUUCCACACAACAUGGAUUUCCGCGGUCGCGUCUACCCCUGCCCGCCGUACCUGAAUCACAUCGGCAGCGAUGUCAGCCGGAGCACUCUAUUAUUUGCGAAGGGGUUACCGUUAGGAAAGGACGGGCUGGAUUGGCUGAAGAUUCAUCUGGUGAACCUGACGGGACACAAGAAAAGAUGUUCAUUGGCUGAGAGAUUAGCAUAUGCAACUGAGAUGCUGCCAGAGAUUAUCGACUCUGCUGAAAAUCCGCUGAAUGGGUUUGGUUGGUGGACGACCGCCGAGGAUAAAUGGCAAGUCUUGGCUUGCUGUAUGGAGAUCAAUAAGAUCCUGAAUCACGCUGGGCACCAUAGUACAUACGUCAGUCAUCUGCCGAUACAUCAGGAUGGUUCAUGUAAUGGUCUCCAGCAUUACGCGGCGUUAGGCAGAGAUGUCAUCGGAGCGCAGCAGGUUAAUCUGAGUAAUACGAAGGUGCCACAAGAUGUUUACAGCGGUGUGGCAGAAAUGGUUGAGGAUAUUUGCAAGAAGGAUGCUGAAAGCGGGAUUCCACUGGCUCAGAUGCUACAGGGACAAAUCCAUCGCAAGGUUGUCAAACAGACAGUUAUGACUGUGGUUUACGGAGUGACGCUGUACGGAGGCAAGUUGCAGAUUUUGAAGCAACUGAAGGAAAAUGGCGACAUCCCGCCGGAGCAAAUGCAGUACGCUGCUGGAUAUCUGGUGCUCAAAGUCUUCCACAGUCUACGCAAGAUGUUCACCAAGACCAGAGAGAUACAGGACUGGUUGACGGAGUGCGCCUGGCUGAUCGCCAAGGCGGGACAGACGGUAGAAUGGGUCACGCCGCUGGGUCUACCAGUGGUCCAACCCUACCACAAGAAGAAUCUACGAGUUAUCAAUCAUGCCGAUCAUAUCAUGUAUCAUGAAGAUCGUAACGAUUCCACUGAACGACCUGACACCAUCAAACAAAAGAACGCCUUUCCUCCAAAUUUCAUUCAUUCCCUCGACUCUACUCACAUGAUGUUGACUUCACUCUACUGCCACAGAGCAGGUAUCGACUUCGCAUCAGUUCACGAUUGUUUCUGGACUCAUGCCUGCUGCAUCUCUGAAAUGAACAAAAUUUGCAGAGAGCAGUUUGUGAGACUUCAUAGCGAGGAAAUUCUCCAGGAUCUAGCCGACUUCCUGAUGCACAAAUAUGGCCAUUUGCACAUAUGCAGCACUGCCAAGUUGCUCAAGACGAACCCGGAAUUUAAAACCAUCGGAGAUUUCAUCGUCCAGGUUCCCGAGAAAGGAGAUUUCAAUCUCAAGAAAGUCCUGCAAUCAACGUUCUUCUUCAGCUAAUAAAACAGAAAUUUAGAACAUGCUGCCUUAUUUUAAUGAUGAAAUUUUGCGUCCGGAAGAUGUAAAUUCAAUCUUGGUUUCGACAGUCCCCAAAAUAAUUUUGUAAUCGAUGUAUACUCGUUAUGAGGACUUGCCAGAAACAAAUUCACUAGCUUUUUAUUAAUACUCGGGUGGGACUCGAACCAACAACCUCAGGCUUAAUGUCUUUCUUGCAAACCUUUGGAACAGAGUACAGUUACAAUAUUAUGUAAGUGAAGGGCAAAACUUGAAAUUGAAUUUUUGAGUGCUGACUACUUGAC